ACGACGUCCACUUUAUACAUUUUCCUGCUCGCGAUGGUUCUAUAUCCCGAGGUGCAAACACGUGCGCAAGCAGAGAUCGAUUCCGUCAUUGGGGAAAUUCUCGAAAGAUUGCCCGGCUGGAAUGAUCGCACUUCCAUGCCCUUCAUCAAUGCCGUCAUACUGGAGACGCUAAGGUGGUUCCCUGUCGCUCCCCUGGACAUAAUCAUUUCUUCUUAUGCAAGGUUUAUGGCACGCAAUCCAGAUAAAUAUCCUAACCCAACGAGGUUCAUACCCGAGCGUCACAUGUCAAAAGUCGCUGUCGAAGAGCCGUCAACACAUGGCCCUGCCAGUGAUGAUAUUUCCUUUGUUUUUGGAUUUGGAAGGCGUCUUUGUGUUGGACAACAUGUCGCCGACGCUUCUUUAUUCACCGCAGUUGUGAAUAUUCUAACUGUUUUCCGGUUAGAACGUGCGCCAGGAUGGAAUGUCGGGCCUGAUGCUGAAGGAGUGAAAUGGACGGCAGGCUUAACAACGCACCCUGUAUUCCCAUGCAUAUUCACCCCUCGCCACACGAAAGAAAGGGUAUCGCAGUUGAUAAAAAUGAAAUGCCAAGAGCUGUGCGGAUAUGGUUCUGGGGUGAAAUCACGUAUUACCUUUUUUUAGUGGAGGCCUGCCACCUGCCCAGUAGAGGUUAAAUGUAAGGCGAGUCUGUUGCAUCUUGUGCACACAAGGAUCUUGGGAGUCUGUUGGAUAGAGAAGUGAUAUUGCAGUAAGCUAUAUACAUGCGUUC